AUAGCGAAAGAUGCCAAGGAGUGUGUGCAGGAGUGUGUGAGCGAGUUCAUCAGCUUCAUCACGUCGGAGGCCAGCGAGCGCUGUCACCAGGAAAAGAGGAAGACCAUCAACGGCGAGGACAUCCUGUUUGCCAUGUCCACCCUGGGGUUCGACAUGUACGUGGAGCCCCUGAAACUCUACCUUCAGAAGUUCAGAGAGGUGAGAGGGAGAAGGGAGAGAAAGCCUGUUUGUGUGUGCAAUUUCUCGACGUAAGUCAUUACCUGUGGACUGGUGUGUACGAGUUCUCAGGAAAUCUAUGUAUGGCCUUAACUCAAACACAAAGGGCGUGAUAUUGCUGUGUCCUUGCCUUUUUUGGGCCAUUAACUUAUCACACUGUUGAUGCCGUGGAAGUACAGCUCAAUGUAUAAUACUAACACAUUCUCAAUGUGUAUCUAUAGGCGAUGAAAGGGGAGAAGGGAAUCGGAGGCGUAUCUGUAACAGAGGGACUUGGAGAAGAACUCACAGACGACAGCUUCGGUAAGUGGGGCCUCAAUCCUCAUAGAAACCAUCAACAGUCGUGGUUAUCUUCCUCCAGCACUCUGUUAAAAGCUCAAGGAUUAGGCCUAAAUGAAAGGAUGAGA